AUGGCCGUGGCUGGCACGGGGCUCCUGGUGAAGACCUCAGUGAUUUGCACUUUCGAGCAAGGACGUGCCCCUGGCUCCGGGAAAGAUGCGGAGCGUUUCAUGAUCGAGCGCCCACAUGUGGACACCAUUCUGUUCCGAUUCGCGUUCAUCGGCGUGCCUUUGCGGGAUCCGCACGUCGGCAUGAUGAAGACAUCAAAGAUGGUUCGCUUCCUACACAAGAAUGGCGGUCGCUUGCUCCUUGGAGCCGCAUUUGCGUGCUCUGCCCUUGGCUGGUCUACAGUGCAAAAGCAAGCAGCCCUUCCUAUUGCGAUGUUCGUGCUCCCGCUAGCAAUCCUCAUGAAGGCUCUGAUCUGA